UUUCCGCCCGGAGGUGUGAGUAUCGCACAACAUAAAGCGAGGAAAGCCGCACGCCAUUGUAUGAAUUUGUUGCAUUGAAGUUUUACGUUUACUUUUAUCAAACCUUUAUAUGUAGUUACAUUUAACAGUCCGCUGUUAAAUUUUUGAAUCCUCUUUUAAAGAAAAGUAUUUUAUUUAAAAGUAAUAACAUGGCAACAGAUUCGUGGGCCCAGGCUGUUGAUGAGCAAGAAGCCGCCGCGGAGUCGAUAAGCAGUUUGCAAAUAAACGAGAAGGAUGACACACCGAAAACAGAGGCAAAAGCAGAGGCGAAAGCGGAGGCAAACGGGGCAAACACAGCAGUAGAUGGAGAAAAGACAGAGGAGGAUGAUAAAGAUGACAAGGCGGCACAGUCACUGUUGAAUAAACUGAUACGAAGUAAUCUAGUAAACACGACCAAUCAAGUGGAAGUUUUGCAGAGAGAUCCAAGCUCUCCGCUUUACUCUGUCAAGUCCUUUGAAGAGCUCAGAUUGAAACCUCCACUGCUACAGGGAGUGUAUGCCAUGGGUUUCAACAGGCCAUCCAAAAUCCAGGAGACUGCAUUGCCCAUGAUGCUGGCAGAACCCCCACAGAAUCUCAUCGCUCAGUCUCAAUCUGGCACGGGUAAAACUGCUGCCUUUGUCCUGGCCAUGUUAAGUCACGUGGAUCCUGAAAACAAAUGGCCUCAGUGUCUCUGUGUCUCACCAACCUAUGAGCUGGCCCUGCAGACAGGGAAGGUCAUCGAGCAAAUGGGACAGUACUACCCUGAAGUCCAGCUAGUCUAUGCUAUACGGGGAAACAAACUGGAGCGAGGAGUGAAACUCAAGGAACAGAUUGUGAUCGGAACUCCUGGUACAGUUCUGGAUUGGUGCCAAAAGCUCAAGUUCAUCGACCCCAAGAAGAUCAAGGUGUUCGUUCUGGAUGAAGCUGAUGUGAUGAUUGCCACACAGGGCCAUCAAGACCAGAGUAUACGUAUUCAAAGGAUGCUUCCUAAAACUUGCCAGAUGCUGCUUUUCUCUGCCACUUUUGAAGAAACUGUGUGGAACUUUGCCAAGAGAAUCGUUCCCGACCCCAACAUCAUUAAACUCAAACGAGAGGAGGAGACUCUAGACACCAUCAAGCAGUACUACGUCAUCUGCAAUAGCAAGGAAGAGAAGUUCCAGGCUUUGUGCAACAUCUAUGGAGCCAUUACCAUCGCACAGGCCAUGAUCUUCUGCCAUACUAGAAAAACUGCCGGUUGGUUGGCGGGAGAGCUUUCUAGAGAGGGUCAUCAGGUGGCGCUGCUCAGCGGAGAGAUGCAGGUGGAACAGAGAGCAGCGGUCAUCGACCGUUUCCGCCAUGGCAAGGAGAAAGUGCUUGUUACCACAAACGUUUGCGCUAGAGGUAUUGAUGUUGAGCAAGUGUCUGUGGUUAUCAACUUCGAUCUGCCGGUAGACAAGGACGGCAACCCUGACAACGAGACAUACUUGCACAGAAUUGGGCGCACUGGGCGAUUUGGCAAGAGGGGGUUAGCCAUCAACAUGGUGGACAGCAGGUUUAGCAUGAACAUCCUUAACCGGAUCCAGGAACACUUCAAUAAGAAAAUUGAAAAGCUAGACACGGAUGAUUUGGAUGAAAUUGAGAAAAUCGCCAAUUGAGGAGCGUAUUCGUUCCAACAGGACUGUGCUCUUAACUAUGUUUUUAAUUCAGAGGCUGGGAUUAGAUCUGUGCCAGAGAGGAUGUUUACAUGAGCUGUUUUAUCUCAGAUGGUGUUUUUAUAGGUUUUUCUCAUUUUAUCCCAUUUCACUCUUUAUACUUAAUAAAUUUGGAAUAUUUAGUCUUAUCUUCACUUGUACGCAAAUGCUAUAGCAGCAGUCUAAGAUAUACGCGUGUUUUAAGCAUGAAAUGAAAAAUAUGCCUUUUAAUAACCUUUCACACUAAGUGUGGGAAGUGUGUUUCGACUGUUAUUAUAUUAAUUUCUAAAACGGGCUCCAAACAUGGAUGCGUGGGUAUUGCCACAAGCGUUAUAUUUUGAUUGCUGACAGUUUUGUUGAACUAGUAGCUUUUCUUAUUUUCCAAAGUGUGCUGGGUUCUUCAAUUACUUUACACUUUAUGCCAACCUGCAGUACUGCAGUGAAAAUGUGUGUUUGAUCAAGUCCAUGUUAUAUGAAGUCUGAGAGCAGCUACAUUGGAUUUUGCGUAACACUCCAAGCAAGGACUCGCAAUGCAGGGUUUUAUUUAAUAAUAAAAGGAUAUUUACUGUGCUACUUCAGAAAUCAUAAUCGUAAGUUUAAUACUCCUUAAAAGUCAUUGGCUUUGAAUCAUGAAUAAUAAUUGCCAUUGCCUGGCCAAAGAUUUUUGCCUUCAUUGGAUUUUAUCAAUCGAAUAUAUGAAAUAAUGCAAAUGUAUACAUUGUAUAGUGCUAUCAUGAAUAUUUAAGUAGAAAGAGUGAAAUGAUAACCAUAUUCAGCAGUCGAGUUGAAAGCAGAUAUGUUACGCAUUCAUUAUAUUUUCACUGCAUUGCAGUCGUAUGUUACCAAGUGUUUAAAUUUUUUAUCAUAAUAGGCUGUGCCCCAAUUUCCAUUUGCAGCCAUCUUAAAAAUGUACACUCAGUUUCACUUCAGGGUAGUCAUAGCAAAUGAUUAUUUUAUAUUGUGGGACAUUUUAAUUUAAUGACUUUAAAAACAACCAACAUUGCACUGCAUUAUAUACAUAUUUUAUUCAUUGGCAUGCAAGUGUGUCAGUCAUACCUUUUGAAGGGAAUGUGAAUGAUAUGCUAUACUUUUUGAUAAAUACUGGAUUGACUAAAGAUAUUAUCUCCUGAUGCCUUGUUCAUUUUUCCAAGUUUGGUUCAAGCUGUGAGUCAUACUUGACCUGGAAAAGAGGUUUUUAUUUUUGUCUUUUCUUUGAAAAAUGUGAACUAUUAUUAAAAUGGACUGUCAAGACAUCAACACUUAAACUGGUGUCGCACGAUUAAAUAAAUAGAAAUGGACUUCGUA